AUGCUUUCUAUACAUCUUAAAGUGUAUGAUAAAUUAAAUUAUAUUAAUAAAUUAACAUUGUGUCAUGGUUAUAAUAUUAUUUAUAAAAAGAACUACAGCUCAGGAUCUGAAUAUUCUUCAAACAUAAGUCGCAUAUUUUAUCAUCUUAAUGAAAAAUUAAAAAAUGUAACAGAACAAUUAAGAAGAAAACAUGAGGACAGAAAUAAAAAAGAGAAAGACAAAAAUAAUAAUAUUAAAGUAAAUAUAAUAAAUAAAUCAGAAAGAUAUAUAAAAAAUGAAAAUGUUAAUGAUGUAAAGGAUAAUGAGCAAAUAAGUUAUAUCAAGGAUCCUUUUGAAAUGGAUAUUAUGUAUGAAUGUUCAAAAGAAAAAAAAUUAAUAUAUAUAUAUAAGCAAUAUGAUAAAAUAAUUUGUAAAAUAAAUUAUGAUAAAAUGAUGGGAAGAGAUUUAUCUUAUUGUAUGAAUAUACUUUCAAAAAUAAAAUAUUUUAAAGAUCAUAUUUUUUGGUAUAAAGCAUCGAAUAAGUUAAUAAAAGGGUAUAUGAUUCAUAGAAUUAAUAUACAGAGUUAUUAUAUAAUAGCUAAUGCUUUAAGUAAUAUACAUUUGUUAUAUGAUAUAAAAAACAAAAAUAUCCAAUAUAAAAAUCAUAAACAAAUAUUUAAUAAACAUAUAAUGAAUCAAAGUAUAUGUAAUAAUAAAAUUAUGAACAAUAAUUUACAAUACCAUCAAGUACCAUAUGAAAAUAUUAAAAACGAGUCCUCAUCACCUUUUCGUUAUAUAUCUUUUAAAGAUAAAAUUAUAUUAGAAGAUGAUAAAAGUAUAUUAGAAGAUGAUAAAAUUAUAUUAGAAGAUGAUAAAAGUAUAUUAGAAGAUGAUAAAAUUAUAUUAGAAAAUGAUAAAAGUAAUAUUUGUAAGUAUCAUAAUAUAUAUGAUCAAAUAGCUUAUAGAUUUAUUAUAGAUAUACAAAAUAUGAAUUUGGAUAGUAUAAGCUGUACGAUCAAUUUAUUUUCCAAAAUGAAUUUGUUGAAAUAUAAUUUGCUUGGUUAUUAUUUUGCUGAUUAUUUUGUUUUAUAUUUAAUUAAUCAUAAUAAAAAUAACAACAAUAAUAAUGACAAUAAUAAUGACAAUAAUAAUGACAACAAUAAUAAUGACAACAAUAAUAAUGACAACAAUAAUAAUGACAACCAUAAUAAUAACAAUCAUUACAACAAUAAUAAUGAUAAGAAUCACAAAAAAUUUAUCUCACAAAACAAAUCUUCCAGUACCAUCUUCUCAUACCUUAUGAAUAAAAACAAAUGUGUUGAUAUAUCUCCUAACAAAUGUAAUAUCUCCAAACUUGUUAUCAUUUUACAUUCCUUAGUCAAAUCUAAUGUUAUUCAUAUAGAAUUUUUUUAUAUCUGUCUUCAAUAUUUUAAUAAAUAUUUUAUUCAUCUAAACAAUAUUGAUAUAUGUAAUAUAUUAUAUUCCUUCUCUAGGUGUCAACUAGCUAUAAAGAGUAAUCAUACAAUUAACAAAUUGUGCAUGCGUAAAAGAAUAACGGAUACUUGUUUUCAAAAUUUUGUAAAUAAUAUAAUAAAAAAAUUAAAUAUAUAUAAUGAAUAUUAUUCUACGAAUCAAAUAAAAAAUAUGGAAAAUAUGUACAAUGUAUAUUAUGAUUACUUCCAUAGGUUAAAAAAUAAUUUGUUAUCAUUAUCAUCACCAACAGAUUUUUUCCUUUGUAUAAAUAAUUAUGGUAAGCUUGACAAAUUGAAAUGUUGGAAUGUAUUAAAUAAAAUAAUAAAUCAUAUAGAGAAAAAUGAAAAAAUUUUAAAUAAUUUUACAUCUCUACAGAUAUCAUCAAUUAUAUUAUCUAUAUGUAAAUUAAAAAUAAAUUCUUUGAAUAUUUUUUAUGCUUUAAAUUAUAGAGUUCAUUAUUUAUGGAGAUAUUUUUCCUUACAUAGUAUAGCUGAUUAUUUAUAUGCUAUAAACGAAAGAAAUAUAUAUGACGAACAAAUAUCCUUUUUAUUAUUUCAUCAAUUUGUAAGGAUAGUUAAGUGGAAGUAUUUACAAUAUAUGGAAAAUAAAUUGUGUAUUGGAUCCAUAAAUAAUGGCAUGUAUAAAAAUAAAAUAAAACAAAAUAAUCAAGGAAUUAUAUAUCUUUUAUUAUUAAAUGUAGAGAAUGAUGACAAGAACAAUAAUAAUGAAAUAUUAAAAAAAAAAAGAAAAAAAAAGUUGCAUUUAUUAAGCGAUAGUGAUAUAUCCAUGUGUAUACGAAUUUUUCAAUCUUUUUCAAAGUUUGAUAUUAUAAAAAAUAUAAAUAUGUUUUUAUAUUAUUAUCAUAUAUAUUUUCCGUAUGAUAUAUCAACAAUAUGCAUAAAAUAUGACAAAUUGGUAAAUAAAAACAAAAUACUUAUGCGUGAUAUCCUUGAAAUGGAUAUUUUGAUGAAACGUAAUACAUGUAAUGAUGAAAUACAAAUAAAAACCACUAAUCAAGAAGCUACCAUUUGUUGUAAUAAUAAUCAAAAUUAUAAUUAUAAUUAUAAUAUUUUUAAAAGUGGUAAUCAUUUUAAUUUAUAUAAUAAUAAAGAGGGGCAAAAUAUAUACCACAAUUUCAUGUCCUAUCAACAAAACGAACAAGAGGAUGAUAAACAUUUCUGGAUGAAUUUAAAUCUAUAUCCUAAAAAAUCCUUAUUAUUUUUACAUUCAUAUAAAAAAUAUAUAGAUAUACUUAUGUUAUAUACACUUCGUACAUUUUUCUUUUUAAUUUUUCAACAUUAUCAUAUUAUAACAUUAGAUAAAAAAUGUUUGUUAUGUUAUUUUAUGUUGAGUGUACCACAUUUCUUGUGCCCAUUUGAACUAUAUAAUAAGAAUAAUUUAUUGGUAAAUAUUUAUAACAUAAAAUAUAUGAAUAAACAUACAAAUAAUAAUCAUAUGGAUAAUAAUAUAUAUCCAUUCAAAUUAUAUUUUAAAAAAAAAUUCAAAACUUUUAAUAUAUACAUACCAGCAUCAGCUUAUAUACUCUUCGACAUAUUAUACAACAUGGAACUUCAUAAACUCAACGAAAUUACUAUAAGACAAAUAUAUACAUGUCUAUUAUGUUUACAUUUAAAUAUAAUAAACUUUUGUUAUUGUAUUCGACCAUACCACAACAAAAAAAACAAAAAAAAUAAUCAUGACAAUAAUAAUAAUAAUAAUAAUAAUAAUAAUAAUACUUUGUUGUUACAUAAAGAAUUUAUAUUUCAUCUAUUAUCAUUAAAUAUGUUAAAAAAAAUGAAUUCAUUUCUUGAUCAUGUUAACCAAAAUAGGACCCAACAAAAUGAAAUUAAUUUAAGCUCAAGGACCCAUAAUGAAGUAUAUAAUUACUUGAAGUCAUUAAUAGGUAGUAACAUGUUUUAUAAAAAAGGAAAGAAAAUAAAUCAGAAAUCUGAAUAUAUUGUUGGUCCGUUCGUAUUGGACUGCGUUAUUGAAUUUUUGUAA